AUGAUCGCAAAAGGAAUCCCUCAGCGACAAAAUUCUGAACGAGACAUUGAAAUGUUUAUAAAGAGACACAUAUUUUCUUGUUUCGAUACUAUAUUAGAUAGUCAUUUUGGUGAGGUAGUAUCGAGGGCUUCCAGGAAUCGUCGAACAGAAGCUAUAGAUGCAUCAAGUAAUACAGAAGGAUACCAUCUUGAUUGGAUGUUUACAAAACAUGAUUUAGGGAAAGAAUUGUACUGGGGUCGAGAGUUUUCCCUUUGUGAGAGAACUGGUUCCAAAUGUGAAGAUAUGUCAAAGAUUCUUAAGAAUACUCUUAAAUUACAAAAGGCCUUAAGAGACAUGCAUCGAAAUUUAAUUGAGUCAAUAUCUAAUGAGAGUGGCAAAGCCUGUCCUUCAUGCCGGAACUAA